AUGAUUGUUAAGAGAAGGAAACGUGACUAUACUGGAUCUCUGCAAUCGGGUGGGAGCUGCUGUUCAAGUUCAGAAUCAGAUCAGUUGGUCGACGAAUCUCCUCUUCAAGUUUCAUCAUCUUUCACUCUUCCAUCACCUACCUAUGCAACCUAUGGCUUAACAUCGACUACAAACCAACUUUUGCAUGCAGUGAAUAAAUCAAUCGAAUCAGCUCCAUGGCAUCAGCAGCUUGGUUCUAAUAUGAAAAAUGAAGGAGAAAGUGGAGAACGUCGUAUGGCAACUGAUCAUUCAUCGACGACAUUCUCAGUUGCUACUCCUUCUUUUACCGAUACUGAAACCAUUUCAUCCUUCGUACCAUAUCGAGAAAUAAAUCCAGGAACUACUUGUUUUCUGGAAGAGGCUAAACGUAUUGCCUCAUCAGCACCAUUUAAGGAUAAAGAUAGCACGAAAGUAACUGUUUUGGAGGAGAAUGCUGAAAAUGCUAUAACGCAAAAGCUAAUAUGGGCUUUGAAACAGUUGGAAAAUUCUAAGAAACCUGAUGAAAUUGUACAGUUGAUGAAUGUGGUCGCCAGUGCUUUAAACAUAUUGAACAAUUUGAAAGUCAAAGAUAAUUCUGCACCAUUAACCUAA